GAAUCUAGGUCGCAUUUUCCUGCCGACCAGCCAGAGCACGUCUCUCUCUCUCUCUCUCUUGGUAACUGAAUAGCCAGUGUAAUCUGACACUUCAACUUGCCGUGCUCUACGGUAGUUGAUUCAGUCAGUCAGUCACACCGUCUCCGGGGCUCCAGCGUCGUCUUUGUGAAGUACAGAGCAGAGAGGAGCACCGUAAAAACACACGAGGUUUAGGAGGAAACAAUACGCGGAUUUGGCACCACGGAGGUCCGGAGCUGAAAAUCACCGCUUAAGGAGGGGUCAGUGAAGGACCGUGCGUGAGGAAUACAUGAAGGGCAGGGUGGGGGAGGGGGCGGCCAACCACAGCGGCAGUACCACCGAGGUCAGAGUUCGCGCAGACUCGCUCUGUGAUUGAUGAGGAUUAAGAAACGGAUUUUGCCCAUUAGGAAACAAGGGAACGUCCUCAUCCACACUGAGUACAGAACUUUUAAUGGCGUCCCGGUAGAGACAUCAAGAUGAACACGUUACCAUCAAUGGACCGGCACAUCCAGCAGACCAAUGACAGGCUGCUGUGCAUCAAACAGCACUUACAAAACCCGGCCAACUUCCACUCGGCGGCCACGGAGCUGCUCGACUGGUGCGGAGAUCCCCGGGCCUUCCAGCGACCUUUCGAGCAAAGUCUCAUGGGAUGUCUGACGGUGGUGAGUCGUGUUGCUGCUCAGCAGGGGUACGACUUGGACCUGGGCUACCGGUUGCUGGCUGUGUGCGCCGCCAACAGGGACAAAUUCACCCCCAAGUCUGCAGAAACCAGCACCUGCAGGAGAUGUCAGAGUGACUCAGCCCUGCUGUCGUCGUGGUGCGAGGAGCUGGGUCGUCUCCUCCUGCUGCGUCACCAGAAGAGCCGGCAGAACGAACCGCAAGGAAAAGUCCCCAUGCAGCCCAGCAUGAACAGCAUGAAGCCCGGCCUCACACACAGUGAUGGAUCCUUUCCCUAUGACUCUGUCCCCUGGCAACAAAACACCAACCAGCCCCCUGGGGCAUUGUCUGUGGUUACAACAGUGUGGGGCGUGACCAACACGUCACAGAGUCAGGUGCUAGGCAACCCAAUGGCGAAUAGCAAUAACCCCAUGAAUCCUGGAGGUAACCCUAUGGGAUCGGGUAUGUCCUCCAGCCCAGCAGGGCUCAACUCACCCCAGUUCAACGCUCAGCAGCAACAGUUUCCAAACAAAGGAGGCUCCAACCAGACGUACAUGCAGCAGGGUAUGUACGGCAGGCCCGGCUACCCUGGAGGUCCUGGGGGAUACAGUGGGAGUUACUCUGGAGGCCCAAACCCUCCUCAAGGAGGUAUGGGAUUGACCUCCCACUCACGUCCUACUGGUGACUUCACUCAGCCAGCCGCCGCUGCUGCAGCUGCUGCCGUCGCCGCCGCCGCUGCUACGGCAACGGCCACGGCAACGGCCACGGUGGCAGCUAUGCAGGAAACCCAGAAUAAAGAUAUGAACCAGUAUGGACAGAUGUGUUCUUCGUUCCAAAUGGGCCCCACGCAGACCUACAAUAGCCAGUUCAUGAACCAGCCAGGCCCACGAGGCCCCCCCGGAGGUAUGAAUCCAGCCAGUAUGGGAUCAGCCAUGAACAACCCCAACAUGAGUGGACCUCCCAUGGGCAUGAACCAGGCUCGAACCCCAGGCAUGGUGCCUUUUGGAGCUCACGGCCAAAGGAUGCCUCAGCAAGGGUAUCCCGGAGGACCUCGACCGGGCAUGCCCAUGCAGGGGAUGAAGAGACCAUAUCCUGGGGAGGCGAGUUACGGCGGUCAGCAGUACGGGCCGAACAGUCAGUUCCCGCCACAGCAGGGGCAGUACCCCACGACAAACGCCUCCAGGCCGCUGCCGUCUCCGAACUACCCCGGCCAGAGGAUGCCAGGGCAGCAGGGCCAAGGACAGUACCCACCUGGCAUGCCCAUGGGCCAGUACUACAAGCAAGAGCCCUUCAACGGUCAGAGCACCAACUUCUCUGGAGGCGGAUACUCCUACGGCCAAGGCAACGGGCCCCCGAGGCCCGUUAACUACCCCCACUCCCCGGUCCCUGGAAACCCCACACCCCCUAUGACCCCAGGAAGUAGUAUUCCUCCGUACCUGUCGCCAAACCAGGAUGUGAAGCCCCCGUUUCCACCCGACAUGAAACCAAAUAUGACAGCACUACCGCCCCCUCCAUCUAACCCCAAUGAUGAGCUGCGGCUGACGUUCCCAGUCAGGGACGGAGUGGUGCUGGAGCCGUUCCGCUUGGAGCACAACCUGGCCGUCAGUAACCACGUCUUCCACCUUCGACCCUCCGUCCACCAGACCCUCAUGUGGAGGUCAGACCUUGAGCUCCAGUUUAAGUGCUACCAUCACGAAGACAGGCAGAUGAACACCAACUGGCCCGCCUCCGUCCAGGUCAGCGUCAACGCAACGCCCCUCACCAUCGAGAGGGGGGACAACAAAACCUCCCACAAACCUCUGCACCUGAAACAUGUAUGCCAACCCGGGAGGAACACCAUCCAGAUCACAGUCACCGCCUGCUGUUGUUCCCACCUGUUUGUGCUGCAGCUGGUCCACAGGCCAUCUGUGCGAUCCGUCCUCCAGGGGCUCCUGAAGAAAAGACUCCUUCCUGCAGAACACUGCAUCACCAAGGUGAAGAGGAACUUCAGCAGCGUGGCGGCCUCGACAGGCAGCACCACUCUCAAUGGGGAAGACGGCGUGGAGCAGACGGCCAUUAAAGUGUCGCUGAAAUGUCCCAUUACCUUCCGACGCAUCCAGCUACCGGCGCGAGGGCACGACUGCAAACAUGUCCAGUGCUUUGAUCUGGAGUCCUACUUACAGCUCAACUGUGAGAGGGGGACAUGGAGGUGUCCUGUGUGCAAUAAAACGGCAUUGUUAGAAGGUCUGGAGGUGGACCAGUACAUGUGGGGAAUCCUCAACGCCAUCCAAAAUUCAGAGUUUGAAGAGGUCACUAUAGACCCGACAUGUAGCUGGCGACCUGUCCCCAUUAAAUCUGAGCUACACAUCAAAGAAGACCCUGACGGACCGCUCGCCAAGCGCUUUAAGACCAUGAGCCCCAGUCAGAUGACCAUGCCCAACGUGAUGGAGAUGAUCGCCCAGCUAGGGCCUGGCACAGGACCCGGACCUGGCCCCUUACUAGGUCCCAGCCCCUACCCGCCACACCCUAGUCAACAUCCCAGCGGCAACGGGGGAGAUUACCCCGGAGCAGGCAACAGUUACCACAGCCAAGUGAGCUUUGACUUCCCUCACGGGAACCCCUCUGGUGGAGGUGGAGGAGGAGGAGGAGGUCCCCCUAUGAGUGACUUCAUCCACGGCCCUCAGCUCUCCCACCCCCCGGAUGGUCCUGGCGGUCUCCUCUCCCAAGACAAGCCCCUUAACCACGGCAUGAAUGAUGCAAUGUCCCAUACCGAUCAGUCCCAUAACUCCAUGCAGCAGAGCUUGCAUGCGUCUCCCCACCCCGGCAGCCAAUCAGGGCCGCCCUUACAUCACAGUGGCCAGUCAGGGCAGCCCUUGCAUCACAGUGGCCAACCAUCGCAGCCGCCUCGCCAGCAGUUGCAGCCUCAGCCGCAGCCUCAUCAUCAGCAGCAGCAGCAGCAGCAGCAGCAGCAUCAGCAGCAGCAGCAGCAGCAGCAGCAGCAGCAGCAACCUGGGCACAACAGUCACCCUCACAGCGAUCUGAACUUUAACCCCUCCUCAGAUGGCCAGGAUAUGCCCGAACCCUCCCUGGAUCUGCUUCCAGAGCUGGCCAACCCAGACGAGCUACUAUCAUACCUGGACCCUCCCGACCUUCCCGCCAACAGCAACGACGACCUUCUCUCCCUCUUCGAGAACAACUAGCCUCUCACCUCUGAUACCCCCACCCCAUAGAAACCCUCCCGCAUCUACAGGAGUCGUGACGUGUUUGACUGUCCGUCCACAGACACCUCAACCGACCUCCUAUCGAUACUUCAAGCGGCUUCCUGUGCUCACGCGCGCACACACACAUACACAGUCUAUCAACGGAUUAACGUGUGGCAUAGGAGCACGGCUGAAAAAAAAAAAAGAGGCGCCUGUAACGGGAACUCCGAGGGAGAGAGAGCAGGAACGCCGCUCAUCCCCUCGCGCACUCCCUUUUAUUUCUUUCCUCGUGUAAAGAUUCCACGCACCAGUUCCACCGCCUCGGACUCGAGAAAACACACCAUUUACAGCCAUGUUGGCGGGCACUAAAGUGAUAUUAUAUAUAUAUACAUAUAUGAUAUUUGUGACUUUUAAAACUGAAAACUGUGCAGCUAUAAUCAUCAUGUGUAAACAACACGGAGGAGACAGGAAAAGUGUUGUUAGCUUUGUUUUUUUUUGUUUUUUAAUUAUGAUUUUCUUUUUGUGAAAAAAAAAAACAUUGUCUUGUUAGAGUGUUUUUAUCCGAUCUGAAAUGUGUUCUUCCAAAACUUUGGCACAUGCCAUCACACCCUUUGAUCCCCAGACUUCUCAGUGUGUGUGUGUGUGUGUGUGUGUGUGUGUGUGUGUGUGUGUGAGUGUGUGUGUGUGACAGUUGAAUAACUGGAACUCAUCAGAAUCGGAGCACUGAAAGGACGAGCUAAAACGUCCUUGAGUGUCAACAGAGGAAAAGAGCGCACAUUGUGCAAUUUAGUGUGUGUGAGUGUGUGUGUAUAUACGUAUGUGUGUGUAUGUUUACGUGUCCUCAUCGGUUUGCCUGCGAGCGUGUGUGAAAGACAGCGGGUGGAGAAAGUUGGAGACAGAGGAGGGAAGAAAAAUAUUGAACAGAAGAAAGAUAAAACAAUCCACUUUACGAGCUGUCUCCGCGCUUUUCCUCCCGUCUGCGGUCGUCCUCGUGUAUUUAUUGUAGUGUUUCGCUCUUCCUCAUCAAAUUCAGCACCAUUUUGUUCACAAGUGCAUGUGUGCCAACGGCUCCUGUUGUCUUUGUCCAGCCUAAACGUGCUUGAUCAAAUCUCUCUGUCUUUAUAUUUAUUAUUUUAUUUCAAAUUCAUCAGUUUUUUUUUUUUUAAUUGUCGUCCUUUUUUUUUUUUUUUUUUAAAUGUGUUUUAUUUUCGUCCCUCAUUGAAUCAGAUUCACAUCACCAAAGUUGUCCUAUGCUUUUUGUAAAAGGGGUUGGGCCUGGAUAUUAUGUUGCUGCAAGAGCAGGAUUUCAACAGAAGUUUUUAAAAUCACUGUGUUUUAUAGAAACGUCUGUGUGAUUGUUCUGAUCUUUCCUUUUGUUGUUUUGUUACCUGCAUCUUUUUUUGGGGGAAAAAAAAACAUCCUGCAUGAUCCAACAGUGUUUCCAGAGCUGUUGUAUAUACCCAUUGUGAAUACUUUGUGACUGUACAGUACUGUACCACCUAUCUAUUACUGGCAACUACAUGGUACUGUAUGUCUGUCAAAGACUACGCACACUCACACACACUCAUAGAAUCCCUUUUAACCAGUCCAAUAUUGUAAUUGAUCCAAAUGCACUCUCACUAGCCUCGUGUUGAGUACCUGUUUAUUGUUUUCCAUUACAAGUGAAAAGGAAUAUUCAAAUUGCUCAGCAGGCAAGUCGUACGAGUUACUUUUGUUUUUAUGUAUAAGAAUUGGUCAGCUUUAAAUUAGUUGUUUUUUUCUGUCUAAAAGAUUGUUAAUGCAGCUUAGAGGUCCAAAUUUCUCCAAAAAAAUGAUAUCAUUGGAACAAGUGACCUCGCCCUCUUUAUUUAAAGUGAGAAUGUGCAAAAAUGUCCUCUGGAAUGAGUUUUUUAUAACCACACCUUGCAAAAAUGUGUGAAUUGUGUAUUUUCAUCACAUUUGAUAUUGUUUUUAAGUUAUUAUUUUUUUUUUGUCCAGUGUUUUUAAGUCUAAUUUGGUUUACACGGUUUUAUGCAGUACAGUCAAUGAAUUUAAAAGAUACUGUAUGUUGUCGGACAAAAGUUCCCCCAUUUUGAGAUUUGUAAUCCGUUUGAAGAACCAAAUAUGGCUUUACUGAUCGUCAAAUCUGAUCGCCUGCAUAUAACACAGUUGAAGGAUCAGACGUUGUUCGUGUUUGUUUAUAUGUUUGUUAAAGACAAUGCACUGCCGCGUCGGGAUGUUUUAUUUCCCUACACAGUGUGUAACUGUAACUGCAACCUUUCACAGAAUCACGUCGAGUAAAUUUGACACAAAUUGUACUGUCUGAUUGCAGACGUCGAGGAAAUUGAGUUGAGGAUUUAAAAGAGAAUGCAAUUAAUGUUGUAAAAUGGAUUUUGGGGGAGACCUCCUGUUUGCAUUACAAGGGGAGGCUGUGGCAGAGGGUUGGGGAUGUAAGGGAUACGUGUAUAUAAUGUAAAUGACAAAUAGAGACACGUUAACAGAAAUGUAUUCAUUUUCUCCAGGGGGAGUGUGCAUAGUGUAUUUAGAAUUUGUAAAGCUUGCAUCCUCCUGUCAGACAUUGAAUUGGCAAAAUGAGUCUGCGUUCGAUUGUGCAGACCUCUCUAACCACGCCUGUUCAUUUAUGGAAGAUACUUUAUGUGCCCCUCCACGUGGGGUUUCCAAGAAAAAAAUACAUUUUUUUCCUUUGUGUAAUAUUAAACUUCUGUGUAUUUCUCUAUUACCUGCGUACUUUAUAAAGGUGCUACAAAAUUAUUCAAACCUUUUGAGGUAGAAUUGGGACUUGGAGAUAUUGAGCUUUUAGUGGCUCUUUAAGGGUUGUUUCCAAAUUUACAGUUUGUAAAAACAAUUUUGUCAAAUUUAUAAUUUUUAUGCAAUUUGGCUAAAUCUUUAUCUGCUAUAAAGGUACAAUCUGAAGUGAUUGGCGCAACAGGUGGCAGUUGUCUCUUUGGUUUUGUACAUCCUAUGUACAAUCAUUUCAUAUUCUAAACUGGUCAGAAAAAACAUUGUGAUUUUUAGUCUUGCAAAUCUGUAUGUAGUUAGAUGACGUGACAUCCUAAUAUUUAUCUAAUAAAUAUGUAUUCAGAUGAAACACAA